GUGAGUGGUCGCUGUGUCGCUGCUGACUUUUGCUUCCCCCCCCUUCCUCUCCAUCUCCUCGUUUCUACUACUCUCUCUGCUCUUCCUCAAAGGAGUUUCUUCCUGUCUUCCUGAAGCGACGGUGUAAUUAAUUACCAAGACUCUGUGGGAGUGGAGCUGCUCUGCUUCCAAUUGGAUCCUUGGCCAUUUGCUGACUCUCAUUCAUUGCUGGAAAUAAAUGGAAGGGAACACUCACUCUACCACGAGGCAACUGGGGAUUCCUUUUGGUGUGAAGUGGGAUUUUUGAUCUUCUUUCUUGGACUUUGCAGAGUGAAUUUUCAUCAGGAUACUUUUAUUUUUUUUAAACCAAAAAACUCUGAGGCCAAAUUAUUCUUGCAUGAAAUGACAAGCUGAUCCAACUUAGUAACAGGAUGCAGGUGGGAUUCUGUGGGUUUUAAACCAUUCCACUGCAUGUUGGGGAGCUCAGGUCAACCCCCACCUCCUGCUAAGAAUCAGUAGAAGAAGCUAAGACUGGGACAUGAACAAACUGCACACUUCAAUCAGGCGUUGGAUCAGGUGCAACCUCAAUAUAUGUGCUGUGUUUUUUUCCUUUCUUUUUUUUUCCUCCAGUCUGGUAACUCAUUCACAAACAGAAAAGUAGCUUGAUUGCAGAGAAUUCCUGCUUACCGGUGACAGGAUUUCCAUCUCAGUGUGACAGGGAGGGGAGCUUGCAGUCAUCUGGUCGCUGGGGAAAAGAUGCCAGCCAUUCUAGUGGCCUCAAAUAUGAAGUCGGGACUCCCCAAACCCAAACCUGUGCACAGUGCCCUACCUAUCCCCCAGACCCCCAGCAGGACGUCACCUCUAGCUCUACCUCCGGCACCUCUCAAGACGCACAUUCCCUCAUUGGGCCAGCAGGUGGGCUCAAGACCCCCAAGAAACAACGCAGCAGAGUCAGAGGUUGGCAGAAACACUCAGAUUUACACGGACUGGGCCAACCACUACCUCGCCAAGUCAGGACACAAGCGUCUGAUCAAGGACCUGCAAACAGACGUCACGGACGGAGUGCUGCUGGCUGAGAUCAUACAGGUCGUAGCCAAUGAGAAGAUUGGUGAUAUCAAUGGAAGUCCCAAGAGCCGUUCUCAGAUGAUUGAGAACAUAGAUGCCUGCCUCAGUUUCCUGGCAGCUAAAGGAGUCAACAUCCAGGGUCUGUCUGCAGAAGAGAUUCGGAAUGGCAAUCUGAAAGCCAUCCUUGGCCUCUUCUUCAGCUUGUCCCGCUACAAACAGCAGCAGCAGCAGGCCCAGCGGCAAAACUCCCAGCCCACCCUCCCACUUGCUGCCCAGUCCCAGAGCACACACCCUCCACUGAGUCAGCAGAUCAGCGCCCCGGCCCAGCUCAGCCACUCUCUGCAUGGGACUCCUGCCAUCACAUCCCAGAAAGCAGCGCAGGCCGAGAUGCAGUCCAGGGAUGGGUGUCAAAGUAAACCACUCAAGUUUACCCUUGGUCAGAAAAAGACCUCUAGACUUCCUGGCCCCACAACAAGGGUGUCCACUGCUGGCAGUGACAUCCCACCGAGAGGGUCGGUCAGUGCUGCUGGGAACAGACGGAGCCAGGGCUUCAGUGACAAAACCAAAGCCAACUCACACCUGAACAAAGAUUCCUCAGAGGGCCUGACCUCACAACCUUUGGUGAUGACUGAGCUUGCUCCAUCAUCUGCAGUGUCUGUCAGCUCCUCCACCAGCAUCCCUGCCACUACCUCUACCCUGAUUCCUCCCUUGUCCUCAUCCUCCUCUUCCACAGCUAUUCCCCAGCCCAACAGCAAGCCCUGGAGGGGCAAGUCAGCAAGCUCCAAGCACACCUCUUCUAAUUCCUCCGCCUCGACGAGCCCCCCCUCAUCUGCCAUGCAGUCUGUCAAGCAGGAGAAGGACACUUCCUGUAAGACUGCUCUGACAAAUGAAGCUCCUCCUAAGGUAGUAACUCAAAAGUCAAUGCUGGAGAAGCUUAAACUCUUCAACAGUAAAGGAGGCUCCAAGUCGUCCUCCAUCUCUUCCUCCAAUGGGGUAGGGCCCCAGACUGAUAAUGCUGCACCAACCAGGCAGCUUGGAGCGGGGCAGGUGGAGAGAGCUGAGACAGGCUCCAACACCGACCCCUUAGAGGAGAAUGAUGGCAAUGUUCGGCCGGGACUCAACGGAACCAGCAAUGGGAAUUCUUGUGGAGCGGCUCCCUCUUCGGGAACUACGGUUUCUACCACCGCAAGCAGCCCCAAAAUAGCUCUGAGGGGCAUUGCCCAGCGAACUUUCAGCAGAGCUUUGACUACCAAGAAAGGCUCAGUCAAAGGACCUGAAAAAGAUAAGGAAAAGGGGAAGGAGAAAGGGAAGGAGGUAGCGAAGCGCACCUCCGUCCCUGAUAAAACAGAGCUGAGGGGAGAUGAGCACAAGGAAGAAGUAGUACCUGUUGCUCUGGAUGCUGACACAAAUAAAAGAACCUCUAAAAUUGCCAGUUUCAUUCCCAAGGGAGGUAAAUUGGCCAAAAAAGAGAGUUCCACCCCUGCACAAAGCGGAAUACCAAAGCCAGGAGGCAAACCCACAGGAGCUGGUGGUAAAGCUUCUUCAGUGAAGGAAGCAGGGGAGAGGCCUCGGAGCAUGCGGUUAGGAGGGGGUCUCGCCAUGCACCGUGGCCCCCUGGACAGAGACAGGGACAGCAGGCACUCCAGCUCUACCUCCAGCCUGGCCUCCACAGAAGGAAAGACCAGCACCGCCCCUGUGGCAGGUGGUGGCACUACCCAGAGCACAGCCAGCAACACGGUCAGCGUGCAGCUACCUCAGACGCAACAGCACCAUAGCCACCCCAACACAGCCACUGUUGCACCUUUCAUGUACAGAUCCCAAACAGACAGCGAGGGAACAGUGACUACUGAGACCGAUUCAGGAGGCAGAGGUGGAGACAUUUCCUUCACCAAGACCAGCCAGACAUCCAUCGAGGACCUUUCAGGUGAAGACCCAGAGACCAGGCGGUUGCGUACUGUCAAAAACAUAGCUGACCUGCGGCAAAACUUAGAGGAGACCAUGUCAAGCCUCCGAGGAACUCAGGUCUCACACAGCACCUUGGAAACCACCUUUGACAGCAGCAUUACCACAGAUAUCAGCGGCGGUGGCGGCACAGGCAGUGGCAGCAGCAAUAGCGGAGGCAGUCGAAGCAUCCUCAGCCUUACAUCUUCCCGCCCCUCACUAUCCUCGUGGCGACUGGGCCAGUCUAGCCCUCGUCUUCAGGCGGGUGAUGCCCCCUCUAUGGGGAAUGGUUACGGUGGCCGUGUGGUUGGUGGCCAGGGAGGACGCUACCUUUACCCCGGGAACCUGCGGCGACAGCUGGCUGGCAGGGGAGGAGCCCUGUGCAGCGUGGACCUGGGAGACAGAGCCGGGGAAGACGUCGACCUUGAUGGAAUCCCAAUGGAAGUCACGGGAUACAUGAGCGAUGGAGAUGUGCUGAGCAAGAAUGCUGUGCGCACUGAUGAUGUGACCAGUGGCUACAUGACUGAUGGAGGUUUGGGAUUGUACACUCGGCGCCUUAACCGCCUUCCCGACAGCAUGGCUGCCGUUCGAGAGACGCUCCAUCGAAACGCGUCAUCGGGACAGGGAGAUGCUGACAGUUGGGACGACAGCAGCUCUGUGAGCAGUGGCAUCAGCGACAACAUCGACACAGAUGACAUCAACACCAGCUCCUCCAUCUCCUCAUACGCCAACACCCCCGCAGCACAGCGCAAGGGCCUCAGUACACAGCCUGUAACGGAUGCAGAGAAGCACUCAGCCUCAACACCGGCACACCAGACUUGGUCUGGAGACGAGGUCAAGAGGUCAGACGGACGUUCAGACAGCGGGGUUAGGAUGGAAACAGGUUCCAGGUGGAGUCGUCGGAACCCCUCCGACAUUUCUGAUGAGUCAGACAAGGGUGGCUCAGGAAGAAAGACUCCCUCCGUGUCCCACACUGGCUCUUGGAGGAGAGGCAUGAGCACUCAGGUGGGGGUGACGUCACCCCGGACUAAAAGCACUAGUAGCACAGGCUCCACUGGUUCAGUGAGCCACAAGACCCACAGUUCAGGUAAGACAGAUGAUGUUAAGGUGUCAGAAAAAGGACGUCUCUCUCCUCGUUCCAACGGCCUUCAUCGCUCACCCUCGGAUGCUGGGCGCAGCAGUGGUGAUGAGGCCAAAAAACAGACGAUCCCCACCAGCCGCACACCGACAACACACACACUCACAAACACCGUCUCCGAGCCCCACACACAGACGCACGCACUGACCUCACGCACCCCAACCAGCACCUUUGGCUUCAAGAAGCAAGGCCAUGGGAUGGUAACAAUGGUUACCGCCAGUGGUGCCACCAUCACCAGCGGCUCGGCUACACUGGGGAAGAUGCCUAAAUCUGGGGCGCGCUCACUGUCCGGAGGGUUGAAGGCUGGCGGGCAGGAUGGAGGCACAGUGUUAGGACACCAUGAUGACGGUUUCCUCCCGAUGAGCGCCCGCUCCACCCUGCAGUACCGUAGCCUGCCGAGACCCAGCCGCUCUGGAGCAGCCGCCCGCAAUGGGAACCGCUCCUCCACCAGCAGCAUUGAAGCCGCUGUGCUUUCUGUCACCUCUCAUGGGAAAAACUCAAUCAGCAUAGCCAAGGCCAACGGCUCAGCAAGCCUGCUGGCCAAUCAGACAGAUCGGGAAAAAGGUGUCUCUGAGAUUGACAACCUCAGGAGUGGGGUCGCGAUGCAGAGCGGAGGAGGAGCAACUGUUCCUCUGACAGGAAGACAGCAGGUUUCUUCACCUACAUUACGCAGAUUAUUUGGUGGAAAGCCCAGUAAACAGGCGCCAGUGACCACAGCUGAAAGCAUGAAGAACUCUACUGUUAUCUCCAACCCCCAUGCUACCAUGAAUCAUGUGGCUACAGUGCUGGAGUCUCCCGAUGGAGGACUAAGUUGCUUGGACAACGAAACCAGCAGUCACCUGUUUGGAGGCCGGGCACUUGGAUCGGGGACAGGCACGCUGGGCAGUGAGCAGGCCUCCAGCCCUGGCUCUGUGUACUCCUCCACUGGACCCUCCAACAGCCUGACGUGGGGAACCACCCUGAGCAGCUCCUCUGUGCAGAGCAGGGAGAGCACCCUGGGUGGACACGGUGGAACUGGAAGCGUGGGUUUCCCUUCUGUCAGCAGCAUGCACACGAGCAGCGAGUCCAUCGACAUGAGCCUAGGCAGCGCCGGAGGUGGCGGCCACGGGACCCACAGGGAGGACACGCUGUCCGCUCUGGGUCGCACCGGCAGUGUCAAGACCGGCAUGUCUGAAAGUCCCCUCUCCUCCCCCUCUGCUAGCCCUAUAUUCAGCCGAAACACCCUACCUCGGAGGCAGGACAGCGGACCACACUGUGGUAGAAACACUCUGCCUAAGAAGGGACUCAGGUAUGGUCCCUCACCACAGCUGCGAGGCCACGAGGAGGCCCGUGAUUGGCUGCGCUCCCACUCCACCAGUGGCCUACAGGACUCGGCCAGCAAUUCUCCGUUCUCUCCCGGCUCCAGCCUCACCUCCCCCUCUGGAACACGCUUCAACUUUGGACAACUCGCAUCAAGCCCGACCUCAUCAGCUCAGAUUAACCUUGGUGGUCUGCGCAACAACAGCCUGACCAAUCAGGAUGCCCCUAUCGACCCUUGCUGUGACAACCGUCUGAGAAACUCCUGCAUGUCGCUUGACGAGAAGACACGCACCAUGAGCAGAUCGGGAUCCUUCAGGGAUGGCUUCGAAGAAGUUCACGGAUCAUCUCUGUCUCUGGUCUCCAGCACUUCUUCCAUUUACUCCACGAAUGAGGAAAAGUCUCAGUCGGAGAUUCGCAAGCUUCGGCGGGAGUUGGAUGCCUCCCAGGAAAAAGUUUCAGCCUUGACAACACAACUGAGUGCAAAUGCUCACCUGGUGGCAGCGUUUGAACAGUCUCUGGGCAACAUGACCAUAAGGCUGAAGAGUCUCACCUUGACGGCCGAGCAGAAGGACUCCGAGCUGAAUGAGUUGAGGAAGACCAUCGAGCUUCUGAAAAAGCAGAACGCUGUUGCUCAGGCUGCUAUCAAUGGAGUCAUUAACACACCUGAACUUACACCUAAAGGGGAUCGCACAGCUGGCAGUAAUGGCAGUCCACAGCAGCAGCAGCAGCAGCAACAGAACCAGCAGCCAGAUCUGCGCAUCAAGAGACAGCACUCCUCCGACAGCGUCAGCAGUGUUGCCAGCGCGACCAGCCACUCGAGUGUGGGCUCCAACAUGGAUGCUGACGCUAAAAACAAAAAGAAGAACAAAAAGAACUGGUUGCGAAGUUCCUUCAAACAAGCAUUCAGCAAGAAGAAAUCUCCGAAGUCGGCCUCCUCUCACUCUGACAUCGAGGAGAUGACGGACUCUUCAUUGCCAUCCUCUCCCAAGCUGCCUCACAAUGGCACCUCGGCCACAGGCCACAUGCUCAGGAACACGCACUCCAACACACUAUUGUCGGAGUGUUUGGACAGCGAGGCUGAGACGGUGAUGCAGCUGCGCAGUGAGCUCAGAGAGAAGGAGAUGAAACUAACUGACAUCCGCCUGGAGGCUCUUAGCUCUGCACAUCAGCUUGAUCAACUCCGCGAGGCCAUGAACCGCAUGCAGGUGGAGAUUGAGAAGCUCAAGGCGGAGAAUGACCGUCUGAAGCUGGAGAACCAGGGCAGCAGGACGGGCUCCCAGGCCUCCAUCUCAUCUUCUCCUCCCCCUCAUACACACGGCCACACCCCAGGGCCUGCACCAGGGCUCUCCCAACAUGGCCUCAACCUCACGGCCAGUGAGUCCACCAGCCUGGACAUGUUGCUGGAUGACACGGGCGGAGAAGGAGGAAGGAAGGAGGGGCGGCACGUGAGGAUUGUCGUUAGCUUGGAUGAAGACAGCAAGUGGGGAGAGGAGGCUCGACCUCGACAUUUUCUUAUUGGUUGCAUCGGUGUUAGUGGCAAAACUAAGUGGGAUGUCCUGGAUGGAGUAGUCCGACGCCUUUUCAAGGAGUACAUCACCCAUGUGGAUCCAGUGAGCCAGCUAGGCUUGAGCUCAGACAGCGUGCAGGGAUACAACAUUGGAGAAAUCCAUCGGCCCAGCAGCCCCAGUGCCGCCAACACGCCUGAGCUGCUGCCGUGCGGCUACCUGGUGGGAGACAACACUAUCAACAUCCAGCUCAAAGGUGCAGGAAGUGAAAACGUGGACUCGCUGGUGUUCGACACGCUCAUCCCCAAGCCGAUGCUGCAGCGCUACGUCUCCCUGCUGAAGGAGCACAGGCGUGUCAUCCUGUCAGGCCCCAGCGGUACAGGAAAGACCUACCUGGCCAAUCAGCUAUCGCGUCACCUGCUGCUGCUGGAGGGCCGACCGCUAACUCCAAAUGCUGUCGUCACUUUCAACGUGGAUCACAAGUCCAGCAAAGAGCUGCGUCAGUACUUAUCAGGUUUGGCCGAGCAGUGCAGCAGUGUCUCAGGGGCAGAGAGCCCUCUAGUGGUCAUCUUGGACAACCUCCACCAUGUCAGCUCCCUGGGAGAAAUCUUCAAUGGUCUGUUCAACUGCAACUACCAGCACAGCCCUUACAUUAUCGGCACCAUGAGCCAAGCCACUUCAUCUGCCCCCAACCUGCAGCUUCACCACAACUUCAGGUGGGUGCUGUGUGUCAACCACAUGGAGCCAGUGAAAGGUUUCCUUGGCCGCUACCUGAGAAGGAAGCUGAUCGAGAUGGAAAUCAGCAGCCGAACACGCAAUGUAGAGCUGGUGAAGAUUAUUGACUGGGUCCCACGGGUCUGGCACCACCUCAACCGCUUCCUGGAGACACACAGCUCCUCUGAUGUCACUAUUGGACCCCGUCUCUUCUUGUCAUGUCCCAUGGACGUGGAAGGCUCCAGGGUUUGGUUUACUGAUCUCUGGAAUUACUCCAUCAUCCCCUACAUGCUGGAGGCAGUGCGUGAGGGACUGCAGCUGUAUGGCCGCAGAGCUGCAUGGGAAGACCCAGCUGCCUGGGUUAUUGACACCUACCCGUGGUCAGCAACCCCCCCUCCAGGUGACUGGCCCCCGCUGCUGCAGCUCCGGCCAGAGGAUGUCGGGUUCGAUGGCUACUCAGCCCCGAGAGAAGGAGUCAGAAAAGAGCCGCCACAGAGUGACAGUGACGCAGACCCACUGAUGAACAUGUUGAUGCGUCUGAAGGAGGCAGCGACCUCGUCGAGCCCACAGAGCUACGACAGCGACUCCAACAGCAACAGCCACCAGGAUGACAUCCUGGACUCAUCGCUGGAGUCGACCUUGUGAUGCUAUCUGAAGGCAACACCAGCAUCACUUUAAAAAAAAAAAUUUUUCUUUUAAAUAAUAAGAACUGUUCUCAGUGUGAGAACUUCCGUUUGAGGGUUGAAUUUCAUGCUACAAAAUCCAGCCACCUUAAUUUGGGUGCAGGUAACCCAAAUACUUUAAAAAAGGAAAGAAAAAAAAGUGAAAUUGCAUUUCAGUAAACGGGCAACAGAAGUUUCUACUGCACUGCGCUGUUUGUCCUGUUUUUUGUGUUUUUUUUCCCUUCACCACUGUGGCCCGUGGCUCCUCUCUCUGGAGCCUGACAUGUAUUCCAGACAGACAGAAGAAAAGCACGCAGCCUGUUGCUGUUGGCGAGGCUUCAUCAUUACCAUCAUCACCAGCCAUCAGUGUACUUAAAACACCAGCCAGGAGUCCUCCAUCCUCCACAAGGCUGCAGCAUCGGUCCAAGGACACCAGGCUAAGACACUACGGGUCCUGCCAAGCUGUAGUGUGCCAGAGCUGCCUGCAGAUGGUGAUACAGGCCCUCAGCUCUGGAGCGUGAGUGAACCCUGUACUUCAGCCUUCUGAAAACAUAUAUGCUGCUGUGGGUUGAAUGGAUGGAGGAACAGCCAGCCACUUUCUUGCUCCUCCUCCUCUUCCAUUGCUGAAGUUGCCUGUGUGAUCACUGGAGGAUGAAUCGAGCCAAAGUGAAUGUUCAGUCUCAUAGCAUGCCUGAUCUCACUCCAACAGACUUCUCAGAGAGUUCAUUAGUUGUCCAUCCCAAACUAGCAAAGACAAAAAAAAGAGUCCAUCGAAGGACACGUGUCCAUUAAAACCAACUAAGCGAUGAGUUCCUACCUGCCAUAGCCGAGCGUGUUUGUGGACAUGAAGGAUGGGAACUGAUGGCUUUCUAUAUGGUACCAGAGAAGUAAGCAAAUACUGUAGCAAAGCUUUGUCUACACCGUGUUUUAAGAAAGAACCUUAUGAAGGCAAGCUUAGUUAGUUGAAUCAAAAGUUCUUAUCACAAAACCUACUUACACUUUGUUUUGGUAUUUUAUUAUAUUGCACUUUCUCUUUAAGGUCCACAGAGGUUAUAAUAUGGCAUUAUAGCUGAGAAAUUAUUAUUCCAGUAAAUCUAGAAGGAUAACAUGUAGGUUUUACUGGCUAAAGAGACAAAUAUAAACACUUACUUCCUGAGAAAAGCUUUUUGUUUCUUUUUUUUAAUCCACAGCAUCUGUAAAGUAACUUUUAAAAAACUGCACAGAUGAAAAUCUCUUUUACAGAAUCCCUUUAAAGUUCUCACAAAAAGAUUUUUAAAUGGAAAGGGCACUUAAUGGGAAGUUAUCAUCCACCACAGCUAGAUUUGUCCUUUUUGAGGCAUUCUUCUCCUCUAGCUGUGUUACAACUUCACCGUGCAAGUCUGUGAGCUCAUGCUUCAACCCCCUUAGUAAACAUUUGAGAUCUCCAUGCACAUUAGCCCCAAGCAGGCGGUUGUAGCACAGAACCCUUUUGGUGCUGGACUGAAUUCUAACAAACAAUGCCUUACUAUUUUCUACGUGCAUUAGCGGAUUCAUUAUUCCUCUAAAUGGCUGUAAACUUGACAGGGCUCUGAGUCGACUCUCACCUCGAGCGACUGCGGUUGUCGAGGAGUGAUGCUGACCUCUCAUCAUAUUAUUCACCAAUGCCGCAUGAUUGAAUACACAUGAAAGAGAAGUAGUGCUUUUGUAUGCAUGUGUGAACUGAGAAGAUGGUGUAAAUAUUUGGACCACUAUCAAGAAAAAGAUUCGGAUGUGUUGUGGUGCUCAAUACCCGAACUUAACUUAUUGAUGGUUGAUCGGGUGAGGGGAACUUUAAGAAAAAGUCUUUAAUUUUUUUUUAUACCUCAUCCACAUCGUUGAACUGUGCUUCUGCCACACUUAUUGUCUGUUUUUAUGUGAUUUGUGAUGAACAAAACUGUCAUAACUACAUAUUGAGCUAAUUAUGGAAAACUAGUGCAUAUGCUGCUUUGUUUAUAUUAAUAUAAUUAAUCAGAGGUGAGAUAAAAGUACUUGUGGUUGAAUGAUAAUGAAAAGUGGUUUGCCAUUAUUUCAGUAGCUUAAAGAAUUACGAAUAUCAUACUUUUGUUUUAAGCCUCCCAGCCUGCCUUCUGGGAGGGGUGCUUAAAGCUGGGGUCAUGGAGUCCAGCGCGACUUUCCAUGUUUUUCUCACCUAUCCUAUGCAACAUUCAUUCUGAUCUCCAAAUGGAAGCCAAAAGCCGCAUGCGUGUUUGUUUUCAGCACUGCCUCGAGAUGUACAGCUUGGAACCAGAUAUGUGAAGACUUUACAGAUUUGUGGCCAACGUUCUUUGUCCAUUAAGUGUGUCUGUGUAUUUCAUAAGGCCUCUCCUGCUACUGUCCUCGUAAGCACAAAGAGACUUAAUUCUGUUUGCGUGUGUAAACCCACUCUGAGAGGUGUGGAUGUCUAUCAAGCAUUUGACUCGUCUGUUGAUUUAUUACUCACAAACUCAAUGAAUGUUUAGCCUUCUUAGCAAUGUACUUUUUUUUUUUUACAUGUAACAUAAUUUUGUAAAUAGUUUAUUAUUGUGCAGCAUUUUGAUGACCUUUUUCUAGACAAUUUGUUACAGUACUUGAAAAGGAGUAUUUUGUGUACAGUCUCUUUACAUCAGAGCAGAUUGGUGCAGUUUCUCAUCACUGGUUUGUCCAGGGCUCAGAGAAUUAAAUUUGAUAUCACUGUA